CCGUACGAUGCGAUCCAGCGCGUGCGCAACUUCAACUUUGACGCUGUCUCGAGUACGGUCGUCUUGACGCUCAUGAAGAUCCUCUGCAACAUCCUCUCCAAGCCAGACGAGCCCAAGGUGCGUUCGAUCCGGAGUUCCAAACCCCAAUUCGUCGACGCAGUCGGUCGGCAUGCGGGCGGCGUUGACUUUCUUCUCGCAAGUGGCUUUGCCGUCGAUGGCGACAUGCUGCACCUUGCGUCCGAGUCGAGUGACGUACUGCAAAAUGCGUUGCGUGUGCUCCAUGACGAAGCCGACGACCUGCGCAUCGACUUGAGCGCACGGCCCCAAGUGCAAGUGCCGUCGUCGCUGCCAGCGCCGGCCUUUGAUGCGUACCAGCCGCUCAUCACGCGCAUGCAGGCGCAGCCACGCGGCGCGAGCAUCACCGAGAUGCGUCUCGACGACCUCAAGAAGAAGCAAGACGCACUCCUCGCGUCGUCGACGCCGGCGCGUCAGACACGCAUCUUGUUUCCACACGAACUCCAACACGCGACGCUAACAGCGCCCACGACCGGUGGCAAGAGCGACGCGCAGCUGCUCGCACAGGCGCUCAAAGCGCGCCAGGACGCGGCCGAGAAGAGCCAGUCGUUUCGGACGCUCGCGAUGCGGGAGCUCGACGACCUCCAGCGCCGCAGCGUGUACCAGGAAGCCGUGCUUCGCGUCCGGUUCCCGGACAAGGUCGUCCUGCAAGCGGUGUUUCACCCAAACGAACCGCUGCAAGCGGUCGCCGACCACGUGGCACGCUGCCUCGCGACGCCACGUGGGUUCUAUCUCUACACGACACCGCCCAUGACCAAGCUUGAUGGGACCAAGUCGCUCCUCGACUUGAAUCUGGUGCCAGCGUCCAACCUUUUUCUCGGAUGGACGACGUCAUCGCCGACGCCAACGACCGAGCUCGGCGCGUACCUCAACCAAGACAUUCUCGAUGACGUUGGCGCCGAGUCCAAGGACGACGAUGACCGGCCGCGUCUCCUGUACCCGUCGAGCCAGCCGCUCGUGCCGUCGUCCAAUUCAUCGACAACGGCCGACGCCAAGACGACGACGACGACGUCGACGUCGACGUCGGGUGCGAGAACCAAGGGCCGCCCCGGGUGGCUCAAACUCUAA